UGUGGCACAUACACGUCAAACUUUUUUUUACUAAAUUUUAUCCAGCGUAAAAUCUCCUUAAUAAAGUAAAAUUCCAUAUUGCUUAAUUUAUUGCUAAUUUUCGAAGAAAACUGCCUCAAAAUGAUGCCAACCCAGGAGGACGAAACUCCAGAAGAAUUAUCACAAGCAAAAAGAAUCCAAACGACUACUAAAAAAGUGACGAUUGUGGUUUUGGGCGAUAUCGGUCGCAGUCCGAGAAUGGGAUAUCACGCCUUAUCACUCGUGGAGGAAGGCUAUUUCGUCCAUUUAAUUGGCUAUGGAGAAUCACCGUUGCCGUCAAAUAUCUCGAAUAAUAAGUCCAUUUGGGUCGACUUCAUGCCACCAGUGCCUUUGUUUAUUCAGAGCCUCCCCCGCCUGAUUUCGUACCCAUUAAAAGUGGCAUGGCAGUUGCUGCUCUUGUCCUGGGCCUUUGUUUGGAUGAUUCUCCGUUACCAGUUCUUCCCACACUACAUCCUUUUACAAAACCCACCCGCAAUUCCAACCCUGACCGUUUGCUACCUAUUUUCCAAAGUGCUCUUUGCUGAUUUCGUGGUGGAUUGGCACAAUUAUGGGUUCACUCUCAUGGGGAUUUCAAUUGGAGAGAAGCACCCGCUCGUUAAAUUAUCUAAAUUCGUGGAGGAUUAUUUCGGUGCGAGGGCGGAUAAGCAUUUAUGCGUUACAAAAGCCAUGAAAGAGGAUCUCGGGAGGAGGUUGGCCAUUGAAGCCGUGACACUGUACGACCGACCACCAGAAAAAUUCAAACCGCUUUCAGAAGAGGAGAGGAAAGCGUUUCUAGUCAAAUUAAGCAAAGAUUUUCCUAGUUUAAAGAGUAUAGCGAAUAAAGGAGUGGAAUUAAAUGGAAGGCCUGGAAUUUUAAUUUCUAGUACGAGUUGGACUGAAGAUGAAGAUUUCAAUAUUUUGUUAUCUGCUUUGCAAGACUAUGAAACGGCGAGUCGGGAUGAGCCAACUUUUUACCCAAAAUUAAUCGUGUUCAUUACGGGGAAAGGACCACAAAAAGAAUAUUAUUCGAAAAUUAUUCAAUCAAUUGAUUUCAAAAAUGUGGAAAUUAAUCUUCCGUGGUUGGAACAUGAUGACUACCCGUCGUUGCUCGCCUGUGGAGAUUUGGGAAUAUCACUUCACUAUUCGUCCAGUGGACUGGAUUUACCAAUGAAAGUUGUGGACAUGUUUGGCUGCGGUCUUCCCGUCUGUGCCGUUAAUUUUAAUUGUCUACCGGAACUGGUCCGCAACGGAGAAAGCGGUUACAUCUUUAACGACUCUACAGAAUUAGCUAAUCAAAUUCAAAAUUGGUUCAAAAUCAGUUCAAAACCUAAUCCACAUCAUAAAAAAUUCAGAGAAAACUUGAAAAAAUUCAGAAGUUUAAAAUGGCAUGAAAAUUGGAAAUUCAAUGCGCUUCCUAUUUUUAGUUGACAAUAAAAAAAUUUCCAUUCCGAAUUUUAUUAUUUUCACUUGAAAUUUGCGAUUGUAUAAAAUUUUGUUUAAAUGAG